AUGCGAUUGUCGCAUCCCUUGCACAGCAGUUUUUUACCUCCGGGGAUAUGUUACACCUGCGACGUAUGCGGUAAAACUCUCUCGACGAAGUUGACACUGAAGCGUCACAAAGAGCAGCAACAUUUUCAGCCGUUGAACAGUGCUCUCUGCAUACUGUGCAACAAAGUUUUCCGGACCUUAAAUAGCUUGAACAAUCACAAGAGCAUUUAUCAUCGUACGGGCAAUGGGAUGCAUCCACCGACGACGCCUCCCGCUGCCGUGUACCGGAUGCCACCGCCGACAGCUGGCGGUAUAAACGAGCCCCAGGAAUGUCCCUACUGCCGACGCAGUUUCUCGUGCUAUUACUCGCUAAAACGACACUUUCAGGACAAACACGAGCAAUCGAACACCCUUUACGUGUGUGAGUUUUGCAAUCGUCGUUAUCGUACGAAAAAUUCACUAACGACCCACAAGAGUCUUCAGCAUCGUGGCUCGAGCGGUAUGCUCAAGAGGCUACUGAAAACAUCGGCAAUCAAGAACGUACUGGCGCAGCAUCCUCACAUACAGCAGCAGCCGCAAUGA